AUGUCUCAAUAUAGUCCAAAGAUGAAUAACAAUAAUAACGACGAUAACAAUCUUUUAACCCCAACACAAUCACAUCAUUCUGCUCAUACUGUCACAACAAGGAAAAGAAGGUCAUCAUCAAUAAUUCAGCAUCUUGAACCAGAUACUUUAGAGACAAAAAUUGAUCAAUCGUUAAAUCCUAAUGUUAAUGCUAAUUGGGUUCAUUCUAAAGGUGCAUGGGUCAUUCACAUCGUAUUGAUCUUAUUUUUGAAGAUAUUUUUCAACUUCAUAACAGUAUUGAAUAACGAUUGGAAAUGGACAUUGACCAAUUUGACGUAUAAUAUUGGGUCGUAUAUAAUGUUCCAUCAGGUUAAAGGGACCCCUUUUGAAUUCAAUUCUGGUGCCUAUGAUAAUUUGACCAUGUGGGAGCAAAUAGAUAAUGGUGACCAAUAUACGCCAACGAAGAAAUUCUUGAUGCUCGUACCAAUCAGUUUAUUUUUGAUUAGUACUCAUUAUUCCAAUUAUAAUUUGAAUUUGUUUAUUUUGAAUGGGGUUAGCUGCUUAUGUGUUGUUGUCCCAAAAUUGGCGGUAUCACAUAGAUUGAGGGUUACCUUAUACUAG